AAUUCACACAUUUUUGAGAUCCAAGAAGGCCUGGGAUGUUUGUAAAAUUCGACCUGGUCAAGGGGGUACAGUACUUGAAUCAUUCUAAUUCGUGAACUCAUACAGUCAACAUCAAAAAUAAAACAAAAAGUUUACUUCUGAAAAUCAAAAAAGAGAAAAACAAAAGUGAAAACAUGUUGACUGUUCAAUUGAUCAUGCAAUCCGGAAAGCCAUUGGUUACGAAGCUCCCAAUCUCAGCUACCGUAUACGAGCUAAAGGCUGAGCUUCAGAGCCUUCUCAAUAUUGAGCCGGAAACAUUGGAGAUUUCUGCAUCUGAUGUAACGUGUGCCGAUUCAGAUCUUUUAAUAGAAGUUGCUGGUCUAGGCAAAAACAAACAAAUUAAGCCGGUUGUGUCUUGCUAUGAAGGCAACAAUUUUGUGGGCUUGAUACUAUUUUCCCUUGGGGGCGAGGAUUUCGCCGAUCCAUUAGUCGAUAAUUCGGUGUCAGACUCAAGUAUCGAAGAUAGUGAAUCUUCCGUCAUUGAGCUAUCCUCGGGAUCUAGUGGCGGAUCCGUCCAGCCAUCCACUAUUGAUUGCAAGCGAGGUAUUAAACGAAAAGCCCAAGGACAUGAAAUAACCAUAGAGACUAAACGGAUCAAAUAUGUUCUCGAAUCCAGUGAGGAGAGUCUAGAAAACCACUCGUAUGGAGAUAUGCAGGAGGCAUGCGAUAUGGGAGGCUGCGGAAUAAAGUCCCGACCACGCCCGGUUAAACAUGAAAUCGAAAUGGAACCUGAUGUUAUAAAUGGUCAGCGGCCCCCGUACGUUAACAUUCUCCCAGAGAACAGGCCUUUUGUCGUGGUUAUAUCUUCCUCAGAAUGUGAGAAAAACUUUUGCGACCUGUUGGAAGAGUUCUUUGGAAUUUUUAAGGAUUUCAGAAAUGUUCGCUGUUUGGAUUUCAAUGAGGUGACUCCAGACACUGAGUACAUUGGGCGGCUGUACAUUGCAGCGGCCAAUGAGGAUACGAUGGACUGGGUGGCGGGCAACGUAUGCUCCAUGGAGACAUGUCAGGCCACCAGUCUCAUAGACUUCCUACACCUGACACCGGCCAGAGUUACAUGGCCAAAGGUCGAGAAGUGUUUCCAAGCAAUUUUCGAGCUUCUGGAACAGCAGAAUGCUGAUAUUACGACGGAGAAGUGGGCCGUGGUGAGCCGCAAAGAUGCAGCCCCCAUAGUGACAGAUAUUUGUCCAAAUGAACAGCUUGAGAUCUGGAUGGAUGCAGAGAGUGUGGACAUCAUCAAGGAAAGAUGCAAUAGCCUCAAAAUUUGUUACAAUUGCGGCAGUCGCAUUUGUCUGCCGAUUAUUCUGACUGGCAACGAUAGUUUGUCGUAA